GGUGUUACGUCACAUCCUGGGAGGUUAUUGCAAAUCGGAAGUUGGAGCUGUAGAGGAAGGUUGGUGUUAGAAUCGUUCACUCAGGCUGAAAAGCCGGAAGUGACAGACACGUGACACUUAACAGUGAGCCUCAAGUGGACAUAGUUAUGAGGGGGAGUUCCUGCCUCAACAGGGAACUGAAGAGACCUUCAUUGUCUUCAGUGUUCUGUUAUAUCACUAGAAAAUUUAUUUGAACUUAAUUUCAUUUGAGGAAUUGACAGUAGGUUUACUUCCUGAAUACAUCAUAGCAGGCUCCUGCCCUUAUACAGGAACUACUAGCUGUACGUGCUAUGCACCAGAAACCAUAUUUGAAGUUCCAAAUGAAGGAUUCAUCCCUUGAGAGAAGUCAAGAUACACUGAGAGGUAUUUCUUUGACCAGGCAUUCGCAAGUAAAGGGAGGAAGAUGUAUAAGCAAUUGUAAUAGACAGGUUUGUUCUCUUACUUCAGCUGGUGGAACAUCACUCCGUAGGCCUUUAGGUGUUAUUUCCCAAAACACCAUGUGCAAUUCUGUCAGAAAAAGUAUAUCCAACAGUUCCGGUAUAAAAGGAAAAAAGACAUGUGUGAGUGUUCCUUCAUCUAUCCACCAGGGCGAAGAAGGGCCCCUUGAUAUUUGGGCUGUUAUUAAACCAGGAAAUACAAAGGAAAAAAUAGCCUUUUUCGCAGCACAUCAGUGUAAUAACAGAAGUGGUACCAUGAAACUGAAAGGCAACUGGGAUGUUGAUGGUACAGCAGCUAAACGAAGAAAAAAGUCAGUGGAUCAUGAAAAAGUCAAGUUUCCCUCCAACAGAACAAAGGAAAGUGUGCGAGAAGAGAACAAAAAGUGUUUGCUCCUUGAGUCACCAUGCACUUUUGAGCACUGCUCAUUAAACUGUGAGAAUGACAAUGGAGAAUUGUGCCCUGCUAGAUCAUUGUCUGUUACAGAGAUAGUUGCUUUCCUAGAACAAAAAGCAAGUGCACUUCUGGCUAACUGCUCCAAAACUUGUACCAAUUCUCAGGUCAAAGUACAGAGCUCUGGACAGUGCAAGGGACUAUUUCCUAUGCCUGAAUCUAAUUCUGUCUUUAAAAUCUCUCUAACGUGCCCUGAAAAAGGAAUUCCAGAAAAUGGAGAACAUACAAAUGAGUGUGUGCGUGUCCUGGACAUGGUUGCAAAACUUGAAUCAGAGUGCUUGAAGCAGCAGAGUGAACGUGAAGCUGGAACCCUGUCUAGGAACAACAGUUUACGAAGAAAUGUAGGAAAGGUAUUGCUUGCUAGUAAUGCCCAACCUGAAAAGAAUUACAAUAGUACUGAAGCUAGUAACAUCUCACUUGAAGCACUUAAUGUAGAGGCACAGUUAAAUAAAAGUGCUGGGGCAAACAACAGUUGCAAAUUUGUUUGUUCAGACACCAGGGAAAAUAAUGCAUCUGGUACAACCCAGGAAGCUGGCAGCGAAGGCUUAGUUUUAGAACUGCAUAAAUCUGAGUUGGUUGUACCUUGUGAGUCUACAGCAACAUUGAAAAAUAAACUGAGCUGUACAGUUACCUAUACUGGACCUCUAAUAUCCAAAUCAGAAUGCACCGAGUUUGCAUCUGAUAUAGUAGAAAACAAACACAGAAGCAUCUGUGCAGAAAAAGAGAAUGUGAAUUUUAUAGCUCAGAAUGUUAUUGAACGAGUAAGCAAAGAGAUGGUGUGCACAGUAUCUCUAACUGGGUCAAAAAACAAAUGUGAACUUGUCAACAGUACUACCUUAGACUUAUGUGAGGAACCACUACCAGGGAUGCUAUUUUUUUGUAAACGAGAGUCUCAGAGUCAACCGAAGAUUAUAGAUUUGAGCAGUAGUGAUGGUUGUGCACAGACAUUAACUAAAUGUGUGGGUAGUGACCUUACUAAUGCACCACUUAAUAGAACUCUUAGUUCAGUAAAGCAGUGUCCCAAUUUGUUGUUCUCUACUGAAGGUACACACCAAACACUUGAGCAUUUUUCUUUAAAACGACAAGUGUCUCAUGAAUUUCUGGAAGCAAGGUUUAAACUUCAGCAAUUAUUGGAGCCUCAGCAAUAUAUGCCCUUCUUGCCACACCACAUUUUGGUAAAAAUGUUUGCAUUUCUCUCAACAAAGACUCUAGUAGCUCUUAAAUGUACAUGUCAUUAUUUUAAAUUUAUAAUAGAAAAUUAUGAUAUACGGCCUGCCGAUUCCUGUUGGGUUCGAGAUCCUCGCUACAAAGAUGAUCCUUGCAAGCAGUGCAAAAGGCGGUACAAAAAGGGAGAUGUGUCACUUUGCUUGUGGCAUCCAAAACCAUAUUGCCAGGCUUUACCAUAUGGACCUGGGUAUUGGAUGUGUUGCCACAGUUCUCAGAAGGAUGCUCCUGGUUGUAAAGUAGGACUUCAUGACAAUCGCUGGGUACCAGCCUGUCACAGUAUUAACAUGCCACUUUACAAAAAGGCAAAAGAUUCUGAAUCGGACGAGGAUUAAUAUUUCAUUGAUGCAGUUUAUUUUUUUAAUCUGCCUAUAGAGAAUUUUGACUGUUUACAUUGUAUAUAAUUUCUGUAUCAGUUUGAUACUGGUCGUUAUUCUGCAUGUAUAUUUUUGCAACAAUACACUUUUCUUACAGACAUGGUAGCAUCACCCUUCCAUGUUAAUAUAAAGGAAAUACAGCUUGCUUAGCAACUUUACUACAAUGCAGCUACUUUAGUGUUGCAGCUAUAGUUUUAUUCAUGUUUUAAGUGCGUUGCUUUGAGUCUGUGUUUGGUUAUUCAUGUUUCUGUGGGGAAACAAUAAAUGGAAAUAAUUUGUUUAUUAAAAUAAUUUGUAAUGGCUUAACUGGACAACAUUAAUUAGGAUAGAAGAUGUUCUUUUAAUGUUGGGUAUAUGACUGCAAUACAGAAACAUUGUUUUUUUAUGCAUUCACGUUUAAUACAUUAUAAAGAUUCCUAUUUGUAUUUGUCUUAUUGGGCUGUCUUUUUACAAAAAUAAAAUAUGCCUUUUAAUGUUUAA